AUGGAGGUGACUGGCUGGACAGUGUUGAGGUCUAUCACCUUUUGGAUUAUAUUCCUGUCUCCAACCUGGGCAGCGGUGGACACAGAUGAUGUCAUCACCAGGGAUGAACAGAUAUUCCUGCUGUCCCAAGCAAUGCGCCACUGCCAGAUCCAGGUGUUGGCUCACAACACGGGCUUGGUGGUAAGAAGUAGUCAGAACUUAAGGUGCCCUCCAGAAUGGGAUGGAAUAACCUGCUGGCCACAAGGAUUUCCUAACCAGCUGGUUUCGGUUCCCUGUCCAGAACACAUCUAUGACUUCAACCACCAAGGAUUUGCUCAUAGAAGAUGUGGCUCUUCUGGCAUGUGGCUUCAGGUGCCAGGAGUCAAUAAGACCUGGGCCAACUACAGUGAGUGCCUCACAUUGGUCAGUCCGGGGAGGAGGACCCAGGAGAAGGAAGUGUUUGAGCGUCUGCGGCUAAUAUACACUGUAGGAUAUUCAGUCUCUCUGGCUACGCUUCUGAUUGCCCUUUGUAUACUCUGCUACUUCAAGCGCUUACACUGCACCCGAAAUUACAUCCACAUCCACCUCUUCACCUCAUUCAUCUGCCGGGCAGGGAGCGUAUUACUGAAAGACGCGGUGCUCUAUUCCAGGGAGGACGAAGGGGUAAUAGAGGAUGAACUGGGAGAAAUUGCACUGCCUAAGGCAUCCGAGAUCCAGUGGGUGGGCUGCAAGGUGACGGUCACCCUCUUCCUAUACUUCUUGGCCACUAAUCACUACUGGAUCCUGGUGGAAGGCCUCUACCUGCAUAGCCUCAUCUUCAUGGCGUACCUGUCUGACCGCAGCUACUUCUGGGCGCUCACCAUCAUAGGCUGGGGACUCCCUUCAGUAUUUGUCUCUGUGUGGGCGAGUGUACGGGUAUCUCUUGCGGAUACACAGUGCUGGGACCUGAGUGCCGGCCACAUGAAGUGGAUUUACCAGACCCCGAUUCUAGCUGCAACUCUGAUCAAUUUCUUCCUUUUCCUCAACAUUGUCAGAGUUCUGGCAUCAAAACUGUGGGAGACUACAACUGGGAAACUUGACCCACGACAGCAAUAUGGGAAACUUCUGAAGUCCACUCUGGUACUGAUGCCGCUCUUUGGGGUACAUUAUGUUGUCUUCAUGGCCAUUCCAUAUACAGAGGUGACAGGGUUGCUGUGGCAGAUCCAGAUGCAUUAUGAAAUGUUCUUUAACUCUUCCCAGGGGUUCUUUGUGGCCAUUAUCUAUUGUUUCUGCAAUGGAGAGGUGCAGGCAGAGGUGCGCAAGUUUUGGUUCCGCAGGAACUUAACGCUGGAUCUGAAGCAGAAGUCCCGUAUGACCAGCACAGGUGGCAGCUGUCACUAUGGAGGAGUGCUGUCUCAUACCACCAACAGUGUGUGCCUGAGCAUGGCAGCCAGAGGGAAACCACUGCCACUACCAGUUCACUCCACCACCUAUCUGCCUGGGUAUUUCUCUAGUGCUGCAGCCUCUGAUAACAACCUUCUACAAGCUGGCAAUGGCAGAGAGAACACAGAGCACAACUGCGGAGCAGAUAUUCACCCCUGA